UCUCUAGUCAUGGCAGAGGGGAAGUGUUCGAGCCUUCGCCUCGCUAAAUAAAUGGCUCGUCUCGGUAUCCGUCAAAGAGAGAGGCCUCGGUGAAUAGAUUGAUUGGAUAUUACGAACGUCUGCCAACUCGAAACACGUAAAAUACAGCGCGGCCAGGACACAGUGAGCCUGCGCUAAGAGCAAAAGAGGAGGUUCCCGAAUACAGUCCUUUAUUUAUUUCUUUGUUGCCAGUCGGGAAAAUAAUUGCGGCGACGUAUACUCCCGCACUUCAUUUGUUUUCGUUGCCCGUAUACUCUAGAAAACUGGAUAAGAUUACGGUGGUUGCUCGUAGGCCAAAGCCAAGUGGAGGAGGAUGAAGCGGCGCAAUGCGGACUGCAGCAAACUCCGACGGCCGGUAAAACGGAAUCGAAUCACCGAGGGUAUAUACGGCAGUACUUUCCUGUAUCUGAAGUUCCUGGUGGUGUGGGCAUUAGUGCUGCUGGCCGACUUUGUUUUGGAGUUCAGGUUUGAGUACCUCUGGCCGUUCUGGCUCUUCCUCCGGAGUGUGUACGACUCUUUUAGAUACCAGGGGCUGGCCUUCUCAGUAUUCUUUGUGUUUGUGGCGCUUUCUUCGGACUUCAUUUGCCUCCUCUUCAUCCCAGUGCAAUGGUUGUUCUUUGCCGCCAGCACUUAUGUAUGGGUGCAGUAUGUCUGGCACACAGAGAGGGGAGUCUGUCUACCCACUGUGUCAUUAUGGAUCCUCUUCGUGUACAUAGAGGCAGCCAUCAGAUUCAAAGACCUGAAGAACUUCCAUGUAGAUUUGUGUCGCCCAUUUGCUGCACACUGCAUUGGCUAUCCAGUUGUGACGCUGGGCUUUGGGUUUAAGAGCUAUGUGAGCUAUAAGAUGCGCCUCCGGAAACAGAAGGACGUGCAGAAGGAGAAUGAGUUUUACAUGCAGCUCCUUCAGCAGGCUCUGCCUCCAGAGCAACAGAUGCUCCAAAGGCAAGAACGAGACACAGAAGAAGCAAAUGCUAAAGGAAUAUCUGAAGUGGACACACCCCCAGUUUCACAGAAUGGCGCCCCUGCCAAUAAAAAGAACUCGGCACCUUUACCAGAGUUAGAGUAUAGAGAAAAAGGGAAAGACGGAAAAGGUGGUGGGGACGCUAAAAAGCAGCACAACAGCAAUAGCAUCCUGCCAUCAUCAGUGGACUCUAAACUCCAAGAGAUGGAGUACAUGGAGAACCAUGUAAACAGCAAGAGAACUGAACUCGGCAGCACAGAAAACUUGUUGCUUAAAGAGGACAAUAAUUCCUCCUGCUCAUCCUCAUCAUCUUCCUCCUCCAAAAAUUACAAAAACAGCAAUGCCACAAUGCUCAACUCCUCUCCCCGUGGCCACAGUGCCACCAAUGGCAGUGUGCCCUCCUCUACGCCAUCCUCCUCCUCCACAGGAAAGAAUGAGAAGAAGCACAAGUUAGCAGUGGGAAAGGGGACUUCAAGUGGCUCCAACAGAGACCCUACAGACAACUGUAUUCCCAACAAUCAGCUGAGCAAGCCAGAAGCACUUGUUAGAUUGGAGCAGGACGUUAAGAAGUUGAAGGCAGAUCUGCAGGCAAGCCGGCAGGUGGAACAGGACCUGCGCAGCCAGAUUGGCUCUCUUGGCAGUGCUGAGCGGUCAAUACGCACUGAGCUGGGUCAACUCCGCCAGGAGAACGAGCUGCUGCAGAACAAGCUCCAUAAUGCUGUACAGGCAAAACAGAAGGACAAGCAGGCUGUGGGCCAACUAGAAAAGAGGCUCAAAGUGGAGCAGGAAGCUCGCACCACUGCUGAGAAACAGCUCGCAGAUGAAAAAAAGCGUAAAAAACUCGAGGAGGCUACGGCAGCCAGGGCAGUAGCCCUAGCGGCAGCUUCCAGAGGAGAAUGCACAGACACACUGCGACGGCGGAUCACAGAAUUAGAAACUGAGUGUAAGAAACUAACCCUGGACAACAAGCUUAAGGAAGACCAGAUCCGAGAGCUUGACUUGAAAGUCCAGGAGCUUCAUAAAUACAAGGAGAAUGAAAAAGAUACAGAAGUGCUGAUGUCAGCGCUGUCAGCCAUGCAAGACAAGACCCAACACUUGGAGAACAGCCUUAGUGCAGAAACUAGGAUCAAACUGGACCUCUUUUCUGCACUGGGAGACGCCAAAAGACAGCAAGAAAUCGUGCAAGGUCAGAUGCUUCAAAAAGAUCAAGAAAUAAAAGAUUUGAAACAAAAGAUAGCCGAAGUGAUGGCUGUCAUGCCCAGCAUCUCAUACACUACUGACACCAGCAGCAUGACCCCCGUUGCUCCCCACUACUCCUCAAAGUUCAUGGACACCAACCCUUCCGGCUUAGACCCCAAUGCCUCAGUUUACCAGCCACUCAAAAAGUGACUGUGUUGUUCUACACUUCUCUCCAUUCUCCCUUUUUUUCUUUUACUUUUCCCUUGCCCAGAACCUUUCAAUCUGCUCGGCAUGUCUGCAGCUGAGAAUGUUCUUCUUGGGUCUUUCUUUUCUUCUCGCCAGGUCAGAAGGAUGUUGUAUUGUGUGUAGUUAAAACAAAAGAUGAAAACAAAAAAAAUUAAUCGGACCACAUCGCCUAUUUUGUUCUCUUCAGUGUUUAGUGAAACCUCACAGAUUUGAGUUUGUAUCUAAUGUACAUCUCAAGGAUUUUGCUCUCUGUUCUGACUCUUGUCACAUACAACUCCUGGCCAUAGGUAAAUUACAAUUAGGCCCUUGUGAAUAUUCACAUUUUAAUUUAGGAGCGUAUCACAGGAUUCCCGUCAAAUGGAUCGUUAUAUAUUCCACAGAUGUCUUUAUCUCAACGUAGCCAGAAAAAUUCAAGGAAUGUAGUGCAAAUUUAGCACAGAUUCAUUAAGUGGUGUUUUUUUCUUUUUUUUUUCUUUUUAAUCCACAACCAGACUGAUGGUAAGCAAUGAAUUGUGCUGUUACCGGGUUUAGUGUAUAUUUUUUUAAAGAUGUGCAGCUCAGUCCGUUUGCUCUUUUUCCAAAGAUUCAAGCCAGAUGUGUGAGGUCUUUGUCAAUGGAGAGAGAGAGUCUUGCCAAUAUUAAAAAACCUCCUCCUCCUCACUCUCAAUUCAGAACUGGUAAAAUGAAAAUUUAAACUUUUAUAAAAGCACUUCAUGUUAACAGUGCAUAAUCUGUUAAUAUUUCAGUAUUCCAGCAUUGCUCAAGAUAACAAUGCCUUCCUUCGGUAAGGACAACCCCCCCAAACAAUUAAAAGAGGAUUCAAUUACAUGAUUAGUCUGAAAGCCUUUGUCAAAAAAUGAGAAUUUGAUUCCGCGCCGUGAACUGGCACCAUUGUUGCCUUUAGGCUGAUUUUAGUAUGUAUUUUCUGGCCAAUAUAAUACCAGAAGCUCUUGUGAACAGAAAGAAAAUUUGUCUGUUGCAGAAGUUAUGAUUUAAAUUUCAAACUUAAGAAAAUGUACACUCAUCCCACUAAGUGCUUUGGCAUGUCACAUUGUUUUUGGCCCUGUCAAAGAACUCAUCUGCUGCAUUUGAAACUCCUUCACUCAGUUUAGCUGAUACCCCCAUUUUUCAAUUUAGAAAUUCUUGCACUUAGAAAAGUAUUCUUGUUUGAAAGGGAAAAAACUAAAAUGGACCGUGCAAUUAAAGAGAGUUUUGAAAUGCCAAAUCUUAAAAUUGCUGUUACUUUAAUUGAUCCUCCUCAGUUGGUGUGCCAAGAAAGCAAUUCUAAUUUCCCUAGUUGUGUGUUCAAGAAUGUAUUUCAAAUACAUUGGAUGACUAGACUUAAUCAAUUAUUACUCAUAUGCAGGUUGCUGGAGUGGUGACUUUUUUGAAAAUGACUAGUUGCCAGCAAAGGGACUCAAAACAUCUGAUUUCUACUUAUGAAUGUUACAGUAUUUACAAAUGAAUUUUCAAAGUUCUUUCCUAACUACACAUCGUUUUCCCUGCAGUGAGCAAUUGGUUUGAGUCUGAUAAGGUUUCACCAUCAUCUGAAAUGGUCAUUGUUGUGUAUGUGGGUUCUCACCUUCAGUAUAUAUAUAUUUUUUGGGUUUGAUUGCUGUCAUUGGCUUUUGAAAAAAGUGUUGUGAAAAUAAGUCUAGACAGUUGUUGGUCAACUGAUUGUUGAAAGUAUAGAAAAGUGUUUUGUUUUUUGUUUUCUAUGCCCAGUCACUGCUCUUCCCCAUCCAGCUCUGACCUUGGCUGCGCUCUCGCUCUGAGGUUUACAAGGAAUAAAUGUUUUCUUUUUCUUGCAGAAUACAAGUCUCCAAGUUUUGUUUGUGGGUGUGGCUUUUUAAUAAAUCACACCAAUUUAAAUGUGCAACUCAUAAAUUGUAUCCUUUUGACUUUUGAAAGUGAACUACUAAG